GUUGUUCCCACAUUUUUUUUUAUCUUACAUCCCAACAAAGAACAGCCAAUCAAACACAACCCUGAGGAUUAUGACCUGAUUGUUGUGUUGGAGUUCGAACUUUGUCCUGGGUGAGCAGAGGGACACAGACAGAGCAUGGAUUGAUAGAUAUUUUGGUUUUGUCCCAUUUUUUUGGUGUUUUUCAAGGAUAUUUUAGACUGCAGUACCCCUGGGUCACAGUAAUGGAGCACUAUUCAGACCAGGGCGGUGAAGGGUUAGAACUGCUCGAUUUGCUCUUUGAUAAGAAUGACGGCAUCUUACGGCAUGAGACUAUGGGAACACAAAAUGAUCAGCUUUGGCCAGUUCAAGAUCCUCAUAUGAUGAUGCCCGCUCAGGGUAAUGUGGACUUCUUCAACGCACUUUUAGGUGGGUACGACUCUGUUUCUGGAUCUCCAGUUUGGUCGCCCUCUCCUAGCGACAGCGGAAUCAGCGAAGAUCCUCAUUCGGAUCACAUCGACAGUCCGCCGCCAACCGCAAGCCCUCCUUUGGAGCCUCGCAUCGUAAUAUCCCAGGCACAACACAAUCUUGACACCAACUUCCCAAUUAAUUUCAAUGGCUGGGAGACUGGCUUCUUCCCAGACAGGCCUGGAGGGAUGCAGAGCGCAUCUGAAAUGCCACAGGCACAACCGACCACUGGAUUCCCUCUAACUGUCAAGGACCUGCUGCUAUCUGGCACACCAGAGCCUGCCACAAAGGUUUCCCAGCAGUCCUACCAGGAGCUGGUUCUCACAGAGGAUGAGAAGCGACUACUUGCCAAGGAAGGAGUGACUCUGCCAAAUCAGUUCCCGCUCACCAAGUACGAGGAAAGGAUUCUGAAGAAAAUCCGACGAAAGAUCCGCAACAAGCAGUCGGCCCAAGAGAGCAGGAAGAAGAAGAAAGAAUACAUCGACAGCCUGGAGAGCAGGAUGGCGGCAUGCAGUGUGCACAACCAGCAGCUGCAGAGGAAAGUCUUCCAGCUGGAGAAAUGCAACAUCUCCCUGAUGGAACAACUGCGUCGGCUGCAGGCGUUGGUCAUGAAUGGAUCUAACAAACCAGCCCAGACUGGGACCUGCAUUCUGGUACUACUUUUGUCUUUCACCUUGAUUCUGCUGCCCAAUCUGAAGCCCUUCACAGAUACCAAGGUCAGCCAGCACGGAGACUUCAGCCCACUGAGAGUUCAGUCACGGUCACUGCACAACCUUCAGCCUUCCCUCGAGCACCCGUUCUCCGUGUCAGAGGACUCCAAAAUGCUCCCGCGCUUCUCGGAGGAUAAAAGUAUGGCGGAGAUCGCGUCGCUGCUGGGAAGACUUCACAGGAGACCAGACUUCGCCAAUUACGACCCUGAAUCUCACAACCACAGUUUAGACCUGCAUGACGACCAUCACCAUGGAGACCCCAUCACUGGGCAUGUAGCGACAGUGACCUUGAAUCCACGACGUGGCUCACGGCGGAGUCCUCAUGCUGAUGAUAUGUGAAGGGCAGAAGGGGGUUUACCCGCGGAUUUGUCAAAACUCCUUUAACAGCUUUUUUGAAGGCGGGAGGCAGCUAACAGAUUG